UCCCCACAAAUCCAGCACAAAGGAAAUGGAAACGCCAGGAAUUUUACAAAGGGUCUCCACACGCGCCCCACGGCCCGAGCCCCGGAACCGGAACCCUCUUCUCCCCAUUCGCAGAGCAGACACGCUUCCCCAAGGCCAAGAAACGCACACACAGGCAGCAGCCAGCCAGGCCAGCUUCCCUUCCACUCCUCGUCUCCCUCACCCUUGCUCAGAUCCAAGGUUGAGCCGCUGCAAUCCUGCCCCUUGCGCCUGCUGCGGCACGCGGAGCAAGCAGCAUGCCGCCCCGGCUGCUCCGCCUAGCGGCGCUCCUGCUGCUCUGCGCCACGCUGGCCGCGCCCGAGCCGGACGCCGACAGGGCGGCGCUGCUCGACUUCCUCGCCGGGGUGGGCGGCGGCCGCGCCGCGCGCCUCAACUGGUCCUCCUCCACCGCGCGCGUCUGCGGGGGCUGGAGGGGCGUCACCUGCAGCGCCGACGGCUCCCGCGUCGUCGCGCUGCGGCUCCCGGGUCUCGGCCUCUCGGGCCCCGUCCCCCGCGGCACGCUCGGCCGGCUCACCGCCCUCCAGGUGCUCAGCCUCCGCGCCAACAGCCUCUCCGGCGCGUUCCCUGACGAGCUGCUCGGCCUCCCGGACCUCACGGGGCUCCACCUCCAGCUCAACGCCUUCUCCGGCACCGUGCCCCCCGGGCUCGCGCGCCUGCGGAGCCUGCAGGUGCUCGACCUCUCCUUCAAUGACUUCAACGGGACCCUGCCCGGGGAGCUCUCCAACCUCACCCAGCUCGCCGCGCUCAACCUCUCCAACAACUCGCUCUCCGGCCGCGUCCCGGACCUCGGCCUCCCGCAGCUCCAGUUUCUCAACCUGUCCUUCAACCGUUUCGACGGCCCCGUGCCCAAGUCCUUACUGAGGUUCGCGGAGGCGGCGUUCGCCGGGAACAGUAUGACGCGGUCGGCGCCUGUGUCGCCGGCGGAAGCGCCGCCGUCGCUGUCGCCGCCUGCGGCCGGUGCGCCCUCCAAGAAGCGGCCGCGGCUCAGCGAGGCGGUCAUUCUUGCCAUCGUCGUCGGUGGGUGUGUCAUGUUGUUCGCCGUCGUCGCGGUGCUUUUGAUAGCGUUCUGCAACAGGCGGGAUAGCGAGGAGGGGAGCCGGGUGGUGUCCGGGAAGGGCGGGGAGAAGAAGGGGAGGGAGUCGCCGGAGUCCAAGGCAGUGACCGGCAAGGCUGGGGACGGCAACCGGCUGGUGUUUUUCGAGGGCCCGUCGCUGGCGUUUGAUUUGGAGGACCUUCUCCAUGCCUCAGCCGAGGUUCUUGGGAAGGGAGCGUUCGGUACGGCUUACCGGGCGUUGCUGGAGGACGCCACGACGGUGGUGGUGAAGAGGCUAAAGGAGGUCAGUGCUGGGCGACGUGAGUUUGAACAGCAGAUGGAGCUCAUUGGUCGGAUUCGGCAUGACAAUGUGGCGGAGCUCCGGGCAUACUACUACUCCAAGGACGAGAAGCUGCUUGUGUACGAUUACUACAGCAGGGGAAGUGUAUCCAACAUGCUUCAUGGAAAGAGGGGUCUGGACAGAACACCAUUGGACUGGGAAACCAGGGUAAGGAUAGCCCUGGGUGCAGCAAGAGGGAUCUCACACAUUCACACUGCGAACAAUGGGAAAUUCGUGCAUGGCAACAUCAAGGCCUCAAAUGUCUUCCUAAACAGCCAGCAAUAUGGCUGCAUCUCUGACCUUGGCUUGGCAUCACUGAUGAACCCGAUAACCGCAAGGUCUCGUUCUCUAGGAUACUGCGCUCCUGAGAUCACCGACACAAGGAAAUCGACGCAGUGUUCUGAUGUCUACAGCUUUGGUGUCUUCAUACUCGAGCUCCUCACCGGCAAGUCACCCGUUCAGAUAACUGGCGGGGGCAAUGAGGUAGUCCACCUUGUCAGGUGGGUGCAGUCCGUUGUCCGAGAGGAGUGGACCGCCGAAGUGUUUGACGGUGAGCUGAUGAGGUACCCUAACAUUGAGGAGGAGAUGGUGGAGAUGCUCCAGAUUGCAAUGGCGUGCGUCUCAAGGACUCCAGAACGGCGGCCUAAGAUGUCGGACAUGGUGAGGAUGCUUGAAGAGGUGGGCAGGAACGACACUGGGACACGGCCCUCGACAGAGGCCUCAACUCCAGUGGCGGAAGCUCGGAACAAGGCAGAAAGCUCAUCUGCAGCCCCUUGAGCUCCCUAAGUAUCUAUAGUCCAACUUUGCAAGGGUAGGAGCAAGGAAAGUUCUAUGUUUUGACGGUACUGUAUGAUUCUUUUGUCUUAAGAUUUACUUGUUACGCAAUUGUAACACCUUGCCAUGCGGAAUUGUUGAAAUUAUUUCUGUAUGCAGUACCUGCUCACUGCUGAUCUCCGAGCAAAGAAAACCGUUGUCUGAUCUCUGAACAUUUUGCAAGAAGAUUACUUUUCUCGUAUGUUCAA